GCGUGCUGAACAAAAAGCAAAAACAUUCUCAAGAUCAUAAGAAGUGAGAGUCGAUUAAAGAAAUCAAACUUGAAAGACCAUUAGAGCAACGUGUGUUCUCCAUUGCAUAUAUAUAUAUAUAUAUAUAUAUUCAAAAAAGCCGGCCUCGAAGACCACGAGGUCUUCGCUCCUCCAGGCGAAUAAACGGACUCCGCAUGUAAUCGGCAUCGAGCACUCGGUGUGGCUCUUGGGCAUUUGCAAGCGUCACUCCUUCGCGAAAGCGAAACACGUUCGGUACACACACUUUUCUACAUAAUCAUUUUUUUUAAAAAAAAAAAAAAAGUUUCGUUUAGUGACGAUCACCGUGGCGACAAAAUAAGAUCAAAAAUCAUUCAUUGCCGCGCACCGGGAUCAUUGCGCUUUAAUGUUUUCCUGCAAAAGAAGCAAUAAUUUACUGUUUUUUCCAUUUUUUUGAAAAAAAAAAAAAAAUCUGUGAAAAUUGUGAAGUUUAUUAUUUGGAUUGCAACACAAAUCUUUAGGAACUUGUUUGAAGGCGGUGGAAUAAGAAAGUGAAGAUCCUGUUUCAUCUGAUUCGCCGGAUAAUUUAUCCGGUUUCAAAUCGGAAGUUUGCCCUGAAAAAAGACCAUCAAAAACCAUGGAGAGAGGAUUACAUGAAAGAGAUCGAGUUGGAGUUCAAGAUUUUGUUCUUAUAGAAGAUUUCGAAAGUGAGGCAGCCUUUAUUGAAAAUCUACGAAGAAGAUUUCGUGAAAAUCUUAUUUAUACGUACAUUGGACAAGUUCUAGUUUCAGUGAAUCCAUAUAAGAAAUUACCAAUUUACAAUCAGGAAACAAUUGAAUAUUAUCAAAGAAGAAACUUUUUUGAAACACCUCCGCACGUAUUUGCACUAGCAGAUACUGCCUACCAAUCAUUAACAAAAGAAAAUCAUGAUCAAUGUAUUUUAAUCUCAGGAGAAUCUGGGUCAGGAAAGACUGAGGCGUCGAAAAAAAUCUUAGAAUUUAUAGCAGCUGCAACUGGACACAAGAAAAAAGUUGAAGCCGUAAAUGUCAAAUUGAUUGGCAGUAAUCCAGUUUUAGAAGCUUUCGGAAAUGCAAAAACUAAUCGAAAUGACAAUUCCUCCCGAUUUGGAAAAUAUAUGGAUAUUCAAUUCGACUUUCAUGGUGAUCCAGUAGGUGGAAAUAUUUUAAACUAUCUCUUGGAAAAAUCAAGGGUCGUUCACCAAUCGUCAGGAGAACGGAAUUUCCAUAUAUUUUAUCAACUUCUAUCAGGAGCAAAUGACGAAGUUUUACGUAAUUUAUAUCUAAAGCGUAAUUUAGAUACGUAUUACUAUCUAAGUAGCGGGACUAAAGGUGCAAUAGAUACCAUCGAUGAUGCUAGUCAAUAUAGAGAAGUGAUCGAGGCCAUGAAAGUAAUGGAAAUUUCUCAACAAGAACAGGAUGAUCUUUUUUCUAUCGUUGCUUCUGUAUUACACGUGGGAAAUGUAGGUUUCACAGAAACAGAGGGAGUUGCCACAAUUCUUAAACCAGCCUCAGUUGAAGCUGUCUCGAAGUUAUUAGGAUGUGAUGUGAGGGAUUUGGCAAAGGCAUUUACUCAUCGAACAAUAGACGCACACGGUGAUGUUGUAAUUACACCUUUGAAUAGAGAAUUGGCAAUUUAUGCACGAGAUGCAUUGGCAAAGGCAGUUUACGAUAGAUUAUUUACGUGGCUUGUAACGCGACUCAAUAAAUCACUUCAACCAAUGACACAUAAUCAACGAACUGUCGUUAUGGGAAUUUUAGACAUAUAUGGAUUUGAAAUUUUUCAAAAAAAUAGUUUCGAGCAAUUUUGCAUAAAUUUCUGCAAUGAAAAAUUGCAACAACUUUUUAUUCAAUUGACAUUAAAAUCCGAGCAAGAGGAAUAUUUAAAAGAAGGAAUCGAAUGGGAACAUAUUCAUUAUUUUAAUAAUAAAGUUAUUUGUGAUCUCAUUGAAGAAAAGUACAAAGGAAUGAUAUCUUUAAUGGAUGAAGAAUGUUUAAGACCCGGAGAUCCAACUGAUAUGAGUUUUCUCGAAAAAUUGAAUUCUAAUUUAAAUAGUCAUCCUCAUUAUAUAAGUCAUAUGAAAGCUGAUAUUCAGACUCAAAAAAUUAUGGGUCGAGACGAAUUCAGAUUAGUUCAUUAUGCCGGAGAUGUAACGUACAAUGUACGAGGAUUUUUGGAGAAAAAUAAUGAUCUUCUAUUUCGCGAUUUACGCGAAGUAAUGUCCCAUACAACAAAUUCAAUUACAAAGACAGUAUUUGAUAUCAAGAAGGAUUUAUGCAGUAAAAAACGUCCGGAAACGGCAAUCACACAAUUCAAAAACAGUUUAAAUAAUCUCGUGGAAAUUUUAAUGGGCAAAGAACCUUCUUACAUUCGAUGCAUAAAACCAAAUGAUUUUAAAAUAUCUAAUCAAUUUAAUGAAAAAAUUGUAUUACAUCAAGUUAAGUAUUUGGGUCUAAUGGAAAAUUUACGAGUUCGUCGGGCAGGAUUUGCGUAUAGAAAAACGUACGAUCAAUUUUUACAACGUUACAAAUCACUUUGUUCAGAAACAUGGCCACAUUAUAAUGGCACAGCGAAAGAUGGUGUUCAAACUCUAGUUCGUCAUUUGGGCUACAAUUGUGACGAUUAUCGAAUGGGCAACACAAAACUAUUUAUACGCUUUCCUAAGACUCUCUUUGAUACGGAAGAUGCCUUCCAAAUGAAGAAACAUGAGAUCAUUGCCAUUAUUCAAAGCAAGUGGAAAGGUUUAUUGCAACGGCGAAAAUAUCUCAAGAUGAGGGCAGCUGCAAUAAUGAUUCAGAAAAAUAUUCGCAGGUGGCAAGCUAAACGUGAAGCUGAAAGAAGAAAAAAAGCUGUGAUAAUUAUUCGAAGAUUCAUUCAUGGAUUCAUCACACGAAAUGGACCGUCAAAUGGUGACAAUGAGGCAUUCAUUGAACUCGCCAAAUGUCAAUGGCUAAUCAGACUUUCCAAAAAAUUACCAAAAAAUGUUUUGGACAACAGUUGGAUGCCCUGUCCUCACACGUGUCGCGAGGCAUCGGAACACUUGAAACACAUUCACAAAAGAUGGUUGGCAAGGAAAUACAGAUUGGCACUAUCGAAAGCAGAUAAGGAACAAUUUGAAUUGAAAAUUCUUGCAGAGAAACUUUUUAAAAAUAAAAAAAAAUCAUAUGCAAGAAGUUUAGGACCUAAAUUCCAAGUGGAUCGACUGGGCGAAGAUUUAAGGGCCUUGAAACAAGCUUUUGUUGCUAAUGUUAUACCAAGUGGCGAGAGCAUAAGGUAUGCGGCCCCGGUUAUUAAAUAUGAUCGUCAUGGUUAUAAGCCAAGAGAAAGGGUUUUAAUUCUAACAGAAAAAGCAGUGUAUAUUUUGGAUACAAUUAAAACUUUUAAAUUGAAACAUCGACUGCCUUAUAAAUCAAUUGAGGAAUUGGUUGUUACCGCAGAAUCUGAUAAUUUGUUAAUAGUCAGAAUACCAGCGGAUUUAAAAAAGGACAAGGGUGAUUUAAUAUUGGAGGUUCCUCACAUAAUAGAAGCUUUAACGAAAGCCAUUGAUAUUACCAGUAAUCCCGAAAUUCUUAAUAUCGUUAAUAAAGAAUCAGUGUCACACAAACUAGUCAGUGGAAAGGAAGGUAUUAUAGAAUUUAAGACAGGUUCAACGCCAGCAAUUAGUAAAUGUAGACAAAAUGGUCAUCUGCUUGUAGUAAGUAGUGUCACCUUAGAAAGAUCCGAAGGAGGCUUAUGACGAAGAUAAAAAAAAUUUUUUUUUAAAUCUAUAAAUAUUAGUACUUAAUAAUAAAAAUGCGCACAUGCUUCAAAAUAUGCAUGGCAAUCAACGUGUUGUGAUUUAUAAUGAAGCAGAGUAUUAAAAUAAUAUAUAUAUAUAUAUACAUAUAUAAUAUCACAAAAUAUUGAGACACAAAAAGAUGUUAAUAUUUAGAAUUAUUUUUUAAAAUUCAACUAAAGUCUUCCAACAGACUGGCCUGCGAAUGAAAUGCUUAAAUAUUUAAUAAUAAUUGUUAUUUAGAAAAAAUUCUUCCCGUAACGAUAUUAAAAUAUUUAAUAUAAAAUCGUAAUAAUUUGAUUAAAUAGAAAAAUUUUGAGAAUUAUUUCUCUAAAAACAAAUUAAAUAUAAAAAAAAAAUGCACAGUGCCAUUUAAAAAAAAAAAAAAAGUAAAAGAUAUUUAAAAGUUUAAAUAAACUUAUAGUUCUCUAAGUCAGAAAAUCAGAAAAAAAACGCUUGGUAUGCAGUUUCAAUUCUUUAUAUAAGAAAAUUAUUAAGUUUUUCCCAAAAAAAGAAAAAAUAUUUAUAUAAUGAAGUUAUAUAUCAAUGCUUUAUAUCCAAGUAGUACAUUUUUCAUGAAAAAAAAAAAAUGUACAAUAUUAUAUACAUACAGAGAGAGAGAGAGAGAGAGAGAGA